ACAUAAAAGUUAAAACUCCUCCCUGCCACCUUCUUCACACAUACAGAGGCACACCAGUCAUCGCAUACUCGGAGAGAGAGAGAGAGAAGCAGCAGUGAACGGUAACAGCAUCAUCACCCACCCCACAACAAAUUUCCCUCUGCUUCAUAGCUUAUCUCCUUCAACCUUCAGAAACAAAACUGCACUCGCUUCUGAAUCUGAAAACCGAGCUAAAUGGGCGAGGAGGAAAAGAAACCGGCUGCUGCAGCGGCGGAAGGAGAGAAGAAAACAGAGGAGAAAAAGGGCGAGGAAGAGAAGAAGAAGGAAGACAAACCGGCGGCUGCGGAGAAACCGGUUGGGGAUGAGAAGAAAGAAGGAGGUGAGGAACCCAAGGCGGAGGAGGCGGCGCCUCCUCCUCCUCCUCCACAAGAGAUUGUGCUCAAGGUUUACAUGCAUUGUGAAGGUUGCGCCCGUAAGGUGCGCCGCUGCCUCAAAGGCUUCGACGGGGUUGAAGAUGUGAUUACGGAUUGCAAAAGCAGCAAGGUUGUGGUGAAGGGAGAGAAAGCGGAUCCGUUGAAGGUGCUGGACAGGAUUCAGAGGAAGAGCCAUCGUCAAGUGGAGCUCAUCUCCCCAAUCCCAAAGCCCCCUUCUGAGGACGAAAAGAAGAAAGCUGAAGAUGAGAAACCCAAGCCGCCUCAAGACCCCAAGCCCGAGCCUCCACCAGUGAUCACCGUUGUGCUGCAGGUUUACAUGCAUUGCGAAGCUUGCGCCAUGGAGAUCAAGAAAAGGAUACUGAGAAUGAAAGGGGUGGAAUCGGCAGAAGCAGAUCUGAAGAGCUCUCAGGUGACGGUGAAGGGAGUGUUGGAGGCGGAGAAGCUGGUGGAGUACGUGCACAAAAGGACGGGGAAGCACGCUUUGAUCGUGAAGCAAGAGCCUGAAAAGAAGGAAGAAAGCAAAGGCGGGGACGAAGGCGGUAAAGAAUCCAAGGAAGAGAAGAAAGGCGACGACGCAGCUGCUGACGUCGGCGGCGAGGAAAAGGACAAGAAAGAAGGCAGCGGCGGUGGUGGAGAGGAUCCGAAGCCGGAGGAGAAGAAGGAAGGUGAGGGGGACGCCAAGGCGGCGGAAGCGCCAGCUGCCGGAGAAGAGACCAAAGUGGUUGAGGUGAAGAGAGAUGAGUAUAUUUACUACCCACCCAGGUCCGCCAUGGAAUUGUACGCCUAUCCGCCGCAGAUCUUUAGUGACGAAAAUCCCAAUGCCUGUGCGGUGAUGUAACAAUAAAAGGUUGGGGAAAGAUAGACGGACAAAAUUUGCAAGUUUGAGGACUGAAAUGGGAAGAAGUUAAAAAUAUACAGCCAGAACAGGAGGAUAAUACAUUAAUGCUUUUGCCCAUUCCUUCUUCUCACUUCCCUUCCUCUUUAGUUCCUUUCCUUACCUCUUUUUUUUUUUUUUUUUUUUUAAUUCGUUUUUUAGUCCCCUUUCUUUUGGGGGGUUUAAGGGCAUAAUCCUACAGGUUUAGAAACUGUAGUUCAGUGAGCUUUGCACCCCUUUUUCUCAUUGAAUAAUAACUUGUUUGUUAC